UGUGCCAAGUAAUCGUUCAUAGAGCAAGAAUUUUUCAUCUGCCAUGAACACGGUGAUUUUGGAAGGUUCCAGUUAAAAUGUAAACGCUCCCGCCUUCAAGAUCCAGCGGAGGCUUCUUCCAUAUCUAGAGAGCCACUUGCUAGAUUUUGUACAAUUCCCUUAUCAUGUCCAAGAACGAACACCACUCUUCAGGUGGAUUUGUCCAACCUCAGGACCAAGAAAAGCAAGGCUACAAUGCGGCUUACCCUCCCUUGCCUCCAAGUUAUGAGGAAUCAAAUCAUGGAGGUUACACCUACUCCUCAAACGCCCCGCCCCCUGCCCAAGAGGCUCAGCAGAUUGUGGUGCCCCUUCAAUUGGGAGAUGAGCCUGCCAAAUUAAAGUGUCCUCAAUGCCAUCAAAUGAUCAAGACCCGCGUAACUUCCAGUUCAGGACUUGGUGCUUGGUUGGCUUGUGCAGGGUGCGCCAUCUUUGGACUUGUUUUUGGAUGCUGCUUGAUUCCAUUCUGUAUUGAUUCAAUGAAGGUGUACAACCAUUAUUGCCCCUCGUGUAAUACCUACCUAGGACGAUUCAAAGGCUCGGCUUCCAUGUCGUAGGCAGGAGGUCCCGUGCUAAUUGUGCAUUGUCAGGUCCGCUAAAUUCAUUUUGUGUCGCAUUUGUUUGAAUUUCUCUGUAAAUAAAUUGUGAUUUUAAUGCUAAGUG